ACACAUGCAGUACUGGUGAGUUAGUUUUAAAUAGAAAUAAAGAUGAUAGGUGAUAUGUUUGCCUCCAGAAUGAAGAAGGGUGGAGACAAGCAGUGUGGGAGAAGAAUCUAGAAAUGAUUGACAAGCACAAUGAGGAAUACGCCCUAGGGAAACACAGCUUCACAAUGGCAAUGAAUGCCUUUGGUGACAUGGUGAGUGUGGUAUGGAUUGCUGAAUUUUGCUUUUUCUCCUCAGUACUUUAUCAUCAAAUCUUUUUCUCACAUUCUUUUCCCUUUCCCUUGAAGACCAAUGAAGAAUUCAGACAGGCGAUGAAUACCGUUCAAAAGCAGAGGUACGAGACAGGGGAAGUUUUCCCAGUGCCUUCCCUGGCUGAGAUCCCCCCAUCUGUGGACUGGAGAGAGAAAGGCUAUGUAACUCCUGUGAAGAACCAGGGUUGGUGUGGUUCUUGUUGGGCUUUUAGUGCAACUGGUGCCCUUGAAGGGCAGAUGUUCCGGAAAACUGGCAAACUUGUUCCCCUGAGUGAGCAGAACCUGGUGGACUGCUCUGGACGUCAAGGCAACGGUGGCUGCAGAGGGGGUGCAGCGAAUUUUGCCUUCCAGUAUGUUAUUGACAACAGAGGCCUGGACUCGGAGCAAUCCUAUCCAUACCAUGGAAAGAAUGAACCGUGCAAAUACAAACCUGAGUAUUCUGCUGCCAAUGUGACUGGAUUCCACGGAAUCCCUGCCCAAGAGAAGGACCUAGAGUUCACAGUGGCAAAUGUGGGGCCCAUUUCUGUUAGUAUAGAUGCAAGCAAGCAAACAUUCCAGUUCUAUAAAGAAGGCAUAUAUUAUGAUGCAAACUGCAGCAGCCAAAACCGGGAUCACGCCGUUUUGGUGGUUGGCUAUGGCUUUGAAGGAGAAGAAUCAGAUGAUAAUAAAUAUUGGAUUGUCAAGAACAGCUGGGGUACAGGCUGGGGCACGAAUGGCUAUGUAAAGAUGGCCAAGGACCGGAACAACCACUGUGGAAUUGCCUCCGCAGCCAGCUAUCCUACUGUGUGAGAUGGUAAUAAUGAAGGACUUAAUCGAGAACA